AUGAACGAUGUAAAAUUGUACGGACUCUUAUAUAUAGUGUACGGACUCUUGUAUAUAGUGUACGGAUUAUUGUAUAUAGUGUACGGACUCUUUUAUAUAGUGUACGGACUCUUGUAUAUAGUGUACGGACUCUUGUAUAUAAUUUACGGACUCUUGUAUAUGGUGUACGGACUCUUGUAUAUGGUGUACGGACUCUUGUACAUAGUGUACGGACUCUUGUAUAUGGUGUACGGACUCUUGUACAUAGUGUACGGACUCUUGUAUAUAGUGUACGGACUCUUGUAUAUAGUGUACGGAGUCUUGUAUAUAGUGUACGGAUUCUUGUAUAUGGUGUACGGACUCUUGUAUAUAGUGUACGGAGUCUUGUAUAUAAUGUACGGACUCUUGUAUAUGGUGUACGGACUCUUAUAUAUAGUGUACGGACUCUUGUAUAUAGUGUACGGAUUCUUGUAUAUAGUGAACGGACUCUUGUACAUAGUGUACGGAGUCUUGUAUAUAGUGUACGGAUUCUUGUAUAUGGUGUACGGACUCUUGUAUAUAGUGUACGGAGUCUUGUAUAUGGUGUACGGACUCUUAUAUAUAGUGUACGGAGUCUUGUAUAUAGUGUACGGAGUCUUGUAUAUGGUGUACGGACUCUUGUACAUAGUGUACGGAGUCUUGUAUAUAGUGUACGGAGUCUUGUAUAUGGUGUACGGACUCUUAUAUAUAGUGUACGGACUCUUGUACAUAGUGUACGGACUCUUGUAUAUAAUGUACGGAUUUUUGUAUAUAGUGUACGGACUCUUAUAUAUAGUGUACGGACUCUUGUAUAUAGUGUACGGAGUCUUGUAUAUAGUGUACGGACUCUUGUAUAUGGUGUACGGACUCUUGUAUAUGGUGUACGGAGUCUUGUAUAUAGUGUACGGACUCUUGUAUAUAGUUUACGGACUCUUGUAUAUAAUGUACGAAAUUUUGUAUAUAGUGUACGGACUCUUGUAUAUAGUGUACGGACUCUUGUAUAUAGUGUACGGACUCUUGUAUGUUGUGUACGGCUUCCUGUAA